GGGACGGCCCCCGCCGCCGCCGCCGAUGUCUUCUGGUGCUCCAGUCAUGCAGAGAGGUCCCAGGAAAUCGCUGAAGGUGCCGAAAGCAGAGAUGAAGCCACUGUUCUGGAACAGGAUUCAGCUACACGACCUUCAUAAGAUCAUGCCUGAGCUACCAGAGGGCACCAAGACUCUAUGGGAGGAACUGGAGGAGCCGCAGAUUGAUGUAGACGAAUUCGAGGUGUUGUUUUCUAAAAAACAGAUGCAACCAAAAAAGAAGAAAACUGCUGAAUCAAAUAAAAAACAAGUGAAGAAGGUCAUCAAGAUACUGGACCAGAAGCGAUCUCAGGGUCUCGGCAUUGUUCUCUCUAGUCUGCACAUUGAGAUCAGUGAUGUUGAAUCAACUCUGUUAAACGUCGAUACCACUUUGCUGGAUUAUGACCGGCUUCAGAAAGUCUACGAGAACCGACCGGAGGCUGAGGAGUUGAAGGCGAUCACGGAUGCGGUGGAGAAGAAUAAGGAUGAGCAGACAGCUCUUGACAAACCUGAACAGUUUUUGUAUGACCUGGCAAAGAUCCCCAACUACUUGGAGCGAAUUCAUUGCAUCAUCUACCAAUCUUCGUUCAUGGAGACAAUCUCUGCACUGGAGAGCAAACUCAGCAAUUUCAGGCUGACAUGUCAGGUGCUGCUAACUGGAAGAGGUGUCCAACGAAUGAUGUCAUUGAUUCUGGCGAUUGGGAACUACAUGAAUGGAGGUAGCAGAACACGAGGGCAAGCAGAUGGUUUCAACAUCGAGAUUCUGCCAAAGCUGAGGGAUGUAAAAAGUCAGGACAACUCGUCGAGUCUUCUCAACUACGUCGUCCGAUGCUACCUGACGCUGUACGAACCGAACGGAGAUGUAGAGGGCGCCAAGUUCCCCCUUCCGGAGCCGCUUGACGUGUCUCAGGCCGCGCUCGUCAAUUUCGACGACGUCUCGAACGAGUUGAAGAAGAUCCGCAAAGAGCUGGACGCAUGUGAGAAACAGGCAGCUAGGGUGGUGGAGGGGUCUACAGAGGAAACGAGGCAGCCUUUCCAGGACGUGAUGGAGAAAUUCUUUCAGAAAGCCAACCUGGACCAUAAAGAUCAAAAGGAAAGUUUCGAAGAAUGUCAGUCAAAGUUCGCAGACGUGUGUAUGUUCUUCAGCUGGAAGCCUCGGACGGGUAAGGACCCGACAGCGAAGGAUUUCUUCUCACAGUGGCAGGGUUUCGUUCGCGACUUCAAGGACGUAUGGAAGAAGGAGCAGCAGCGCAUCGCAAAGAAGAGGGUCGACGAGGCGAAGCAGCUACUGAAGCAGAAGAGGGCACUCAUUCAGAAACCGCCGACACAGAAGGCGCGCGCUGAUGGUCUGAAAGCCAGGCUGGCGAGGAAGGGAAAAAUCUGAACGGGCCCUGGUCGGGAUUUAGUGGAUGUAUGGACUUGGACGCGUGGGGAGUUUGCUACGUCUGCGAGCAAACGAACGCAUUUGUCACGUGAGCGACGGUCGUGACACCUACCGAGGGCUGCUACAGAGACAUCUUGCGUGCAAGCGUGCGCGAGUAUGUGUGUGCGCUUGCGUGCGUGCGUGCGUGCGUGCAUGCGCU